GUAGUUCCCAUUAAAGGGGAAUGCCGGGAGCCUCCCACUGCCCCCUAGCUUUGCGCGCGCUACCCCGCAGCACAGCUGUCUUUGGGGACGCCAGCAACCCAGAGGACGCACCCGAGUUUGUGCCUGAGGCUACUCUGCUCUGAGACGGCUGUCACUUUGAACUGAAAGCACCGCUCCACCGAUCCCGAGCCCAACUCCCAGCCACCAUGCUCCUACUCUUGUUGGGGAUCCUGUUCCUCCACGUCGCAGUGCUAGUGUUGCUCUUCGUCUCCACCAUCGUCAGCCAAUGGCUCAUGGGCAAUGGACACACGACUGAUCUCUGGCAGAACUGUACCACAUCCGCCUUGGGAGCCGUGCAGCACUGCUACUUCUCAUCAGCGAGCGAAUGGCUGCAGUCUGUUCAGGCCACCAUGAUCCUGUCUGUCAUCUUCAGCGUCCUGUCUCUGUUCCUGUUCUUCUGCCAGCUCUUCACUCUCACCAAAGGCGGCCGGUUUUACAUCACUGGAUUCUUCCAAAUCCUUGCUGGUCUGUGCGUGAUGAGUGCGGCGGCCAUCUACACAGUGAGGCACAGUGAGUGGCAUCCCAACACUGAAUACUCCUAUGGCUUUGCCUACAUCCUGGCCUGGGUGGCCUUUCCCCUGGCCCUCCUCAGCGGCAUCAUCUACGUGAUCCUGCGGAAACGCGAAUGAGGCGCCCGACGUACCGUCCGUCCAGGCUCUGAGCGCGCAUAGGGUACACAGGGAGGGAGGAAAGAGACCAGAAAACAAAACCAACCAACCAAAAAGAGCUAGCCCCAAACCCAAAUGCAAGCCAAACCAAACAGAAUGCAGUUGAGUGGGGAAUGCUGUCGAUUGAAGAUGUAUAUAAUAUCUAUGGUUUAUAAAACCUAUUUAUAACACUUUUUACAUAUAUGUACAUAGGAUUGUUUGCUUUUUAUGUUGACCGUCAGCCUCGUGUUGAAUCUUAAACAACUUUACAUCCUAACACUAUAACCUAGCUCAGUAUCUUUGUUUUGUUUCUUUUUUUUUUUUUU